AUGUCACAGGCCCUCGACUCCCUCCUUAAUGAAAUCCGCUCAGCUGACGAUGCUAAAAUCAUGCAAGCAGCUGCCUCCAACCUGAGUUACAGUAACUCACAACCACGCAAGUCCUCGUAUGGCCCCGCUCCCAAAAUGCCUGUUAAGUUGAGUCCCCAUGUGAAAUCCUGUCCCUUUUGCAAACAAGCUGGCCACCCGAGCAACGCACACGACCUCAGCACAAGCAAGCUCUUACCAGAGCAGGACCGUAAAUUCAUGCUGAAAGCCAGACAGAUUGUCUUUGUGCUUUAUGAUGACACUGAGGACACAUUUACCCAUCACGAGGACCAGCACUCUCAGAGCCUACGCAGUCUUACACUGCCUGCUUCAUCCAGGUUCCUCAGUGGUAGGGGAAACCCGACUUGUAUUCUGCUGUAUUGUAUUGUAUUCCACUUUGAUGGCCUGGUUGUGGAGAACUUGAAUGUGGACAUUCUGGCUGGCACCCCCUUCAUGUCCUCAAAUGACAUCUCUGUUCCACCCGCCAAGAGGCUGGUUAUCAUAGUUCACCUGCACCCAGUUGCCCCGGCUGAUCAUGAGCUUAUACGCCUAAAACACAUUGAUCGUCUGAGGAACCACCCAUAUAGUGAGAAAUCUAAGGCCCUUCGGGAGAAGGGUCUCUGGUGUGAGCUACGCCAGUUUGCAGGGUCUCAGCUCAGGGACUUCACAUAUCGCGUCAAGAAAAGUGACUGUUACAAAGUGCCUGUUGCAUGCCUGGAUUCCAGCCGUGGAGGCUCCGACAACGCCCCACCCUUCCAUGCCGGAGACACAAUGCCCUCCUCCCUAGCCCUAUCCUUUGACCAGCAGGAGGCCCUACAGAAUUUGCUGUUCGACCCUGGUGUGGCAUCCUUCCCAACCAGUAAAAACCAGAUGGGCAGUUUCAACCAUACAUCGUGCUCCUGUACAGGCAAAAGUGUUGUCCUCAAAAACAUUAUACCUGAGGACCAACUUGAUGAAGUCCUGAAACGCAGAGCAGAGGAGUACAGGAAACAGCAGAACAGGACAAAUACCAACCUAGAUGUCCUACUCAUGGCUCCUUCCAACUCUCCUCUUCAAUAUCCUAUUUAUGGCUUCACAGUUGAACCCUUGACAAAAAGCUUGAUUCCAGGCUUAGCUGUGCAUGCAGGAACAAGGGAACUUUACAAGGUGUUCUUGAGUGUGUCCUAUGGUAAUCUGUUAGUUGACGGUGCAACAGAAACAGAUCUGGUGGUAGGCCAGGGUCAGAAUGUGCUGAACAUUUCAACUACGUGUGUGGGUCGACUGAAUCAGCUCCUGAGUCAGGUGUCGUACACCAGCACCAUCUACCACAUCAACACCAGAGACUUGGCAAACUUCACAUUUGAAGACCAUACGGUCACGUUUCCCAUUAUCAUUAGGAGGUCUUCUAUGCCUGUUUUAUAUGAUCCUGGAACAGAUAUCAACACUCAAGUGACAGUUGCAACUAAAACCUUCCUCAGAUACAAGGAGCUAAAUGUCCUAAUUGAAAGUAUUCGGAAGUAUUACAAGGACAUCAAAAUCAUUAUUGCAGAUGACAGUUUAAACCCAGAAAGGGUGAUUGGCUCUAACAUUGAACAUUAUAUUAUGCCUCCAGCUCAGGGCUGGUUUGCUGGCAGGAACCUGGCUGUCUCUCAAGUGACAACGAAGUACUUCCUGUGGGUAGACGAUGACUUCCAGUUUAACAGUGAGACCAAAAUCGAGAGUUUUGUGGAGGUCAUGGAGGCUGUGCCAGAGUUGGACAUUCAAGUGGGUGGUGCUGUGAACAACAAUCAGUUCUAUUUCAAACUAGUCUAUGAGAGUGGGGACAUGGAAGAGGGAGGCUGUCUUUCUAGAGUCUUCAACACUACCCACCAGGCUCUCCCCAGCUAUCCACAUUGCUCUCUUGUAGAUGUCAACUUCUUCUUGGCCCGAACAGACUCAGUGCGUAGGGUGGGCUUUGACCCCGUCCUUAAAAGAGUGGCUCACAGUGAGUUCUUUAUGGAUGGCCUUGGAGAGCUGUUGGUUGCCUCUUGUGGCAAUAUCAAAAUUGGCCACCAGGCUCAGGUUAACCACAAUACCUAUAGUGAAUACAGGACGCAGAAGAAAACUGAUGAGAGAAGGAAACUAGCCCACCAUUUCUUCAAGAACCAUCUAAAAUGUGUUGAGUACUGA